CCGGAUUCACGCUAGACGAACGGAAGCCUAGAGUUGUUUACCCCGGUUUCAGGGUUAUCUACUACUACAGAGAAAAUGGUACCAGCAAGGAAGAGUAGACGGCAGAGCAAGCCACCAGCAAAGUUGCAAGACUUUGUAUAUGAAGAUGGUCGAGAGAAAGAGAAAGGUGUUACCACUCCAGAGAAGAAAAGGGUUGAAGGUAGCACCAAACAUACACAACACAACAAAAAACAAACCCCAAACAAACCCCAAAUUCCAGAUUCACAAGAGCCAAGGAGAAGUGGAAGAACACCAAAAUUGAGUGAAAAAUUAAAAAGUUACUUAAAUGACAAAGGUGAUGCCAAGACAGAAGUUGAGUCAACUGCAAAGAAGCAGUCCAAGAAGGCCUUAACAUCUCAUGGCACUCCAACAGAUUCCAUUCAUCUUAAAGAACCACAAGUAACAUUGAGAAAACUGCCUGUCUCCUCAGGAGUCAAAAAUCUGAAGCCUCACACAAAGAGUCAAAACUUGCUGAGAAAUAAGAGUCCACGUUUACCUUCCACUCCUGAGAGAAAUGUGAAAGGGAACGAGAGGCAGGCUUCAAGCAAGAGGAAGAAAAUGACUAAGAGAAAGUUGUCAGAAAUGGAAGGCAUUGAGAUGAGGGCCAAGCCUUCACCCAGCAACCCCCAAAGGCCCAUCUCAAAAACAAAGAAAACCAGAGUGUCAACAAAUGGGAGCUGUGAAAGACUGGCAAGUGAAAGUGAUGAGUCUCAGGAGAAAGAUGAGGAAGAGGAGGCACAAGAAGAUGAAGAUCGAGAAGAAGGAAGACUAGAAGAAAGAAGAAGCAUUGAUUCUGUGAGGCAAAUCAACAAAGACAUGAUGACACAACUUCUGAAUUUCGGCGCUGAGAUUGCUGAAGCCAUGGCCAGUAGCAAUGAGAAGUUACUUGAAGUGAUCAACAAAGAAAACAACUUGCAUAACUCUCUGCAUACAUUCAAGAUUGAGGGAGAUGAUGAUUUUGAUGAGGAGGAGGCUGAUAAGAUUCUAGACUGGCUGGAAAAAGAGGAACUGCAACGAGGAGCAUAUCGGAAAAAGAUUAUAGACUCCAUGCGGGCCUCACAUGAAUCUAACAUGACACUCUUUAACCAACUUCUAAAAAAGCUUCAGUCUUUAUCUUCAUCCCUGAGAUGUUGAUGGAACCCAAAUUUUAUUUUAUUAUUUUUUUCCUUUUCUCGAGGGUGUGAAGUUGUGUUUAUAAGUAUAGGUGUUUUUUUUAUUGUAAUAUACUAUAUCUUUCCUAUUAUUUGAUCACUGGAUGAAGAAGUAGUGUGUUUUAUUUAAAACAUUUUUUCCUUUGCUAUUAGUUGAUCAAAGAAUAGAAAUUAUUUAAUAAUUCUCUUAUUUCAUUGUUAUUUUUUAUUUCGUAAUUAUCUUAUUUUAUGAAAAAUAAUUUCUAGUCUCACAGAAUUCUAUAAGCAAUAAUUAAAAUUUCGUUUUUGUUGAAAUACAGAGAAGUACAAAUA